AUGCAAUCAAUACCUCAACCACAGCCAGAGCCAGAACCAAUUGACCCACUUAAAACUUUACCAAGAGAGACAUUAAUCCCAAAGCCAAUUGAUCUUGAUUUUAUUAAAACCUGUAGAAAUAAUUUAAUAAAUCAAAUUAUUGCCGAACGUAUUGAUACUCUUUGUGAAACUAUACCAACACUUGAGGAGGGCUCAGAAGAAAAACUUUCCGAUACAAUAGAAUACAAGAAAUUAUCAUUAUUAGAAUAUCAAAAACAAUUAAGAAAAGAGGUUUUAGAAUCGGAAAUUGCCAAAACUAGUAAAUCAAACAAGAGUAAAUCCAAAGAAAAACAAAGACUUGAGCAACAACAGAGCGAAGAGAAAAAUAGAUAUAAAGAUUUCCUUGGUCAAAUUAUGAACCAUAGCAAAGAGUUUAAAGAGUUCCAUGCAAACAAGAUGACAAGAAUUAAAAAGAUGACCAAGCGUGUAACUAAUUAUUUUGUUCUUUUAGAAAAGAAAGAGCAACAACAAAGAGAGAAGGAAGAGCGUGAACGUCUACGUGCCCUUAAAACCAACGAUGAAAGUAAAUAUCUUAAAUUAUUGGAACAAACUAAAAAUCAAAGACUUCGUGAACUUUUCGAUCAAACAAAUGAGUUUUUAGAUAAAAUCUCUCAUCUUUUACAAAGAGAAAAAGUUUCAAUCAUUGAACAAGAAGAAAAUGAAGAGGCAGCUCAUUCUUACUAUUCAAAGGCUCACUCUAUUCUCGAAGAUAUUAUCGAACAACCACAAAUUCUUGAAGGAGGUAAAUUAAAACCAUAUCAAAUGCAAGGUCUUCAAUGGAUGGUUUCGUUGUAUAACAAUAAAUUAAAUGGUAUUUUAGCAGAUGAAAUGGGUUUAGGUAAAACAAUUCAAACUAUUGCUUUGGUUUCGUAUUUAAUCGAAGUUAAGAAAAAUAAUGGUCCAUAUUUAGUUGUUGUGCCAUUAUCCACAUUAACUAAUUGGGGUCAAGAGUUUGCUAAAUGGGCACCUAAAAUCAAAGCAGUCUUAUACUAUGGUGAUAAACCAACUAGAAAAUCAAGAUAUGAGGAAGAAAUUUCCCCAGGUCAAUUUAAUGUUGUUGUUACCACUUAUGAAUACAUUAUUAAAGAUAAGAAUCAACUUUGCAAAAUAAAAUGGAACUAUUUAAUUAUUGACGAGGGUCACAGAAUGAAGAAUUAUACAAGUAAACUUUCAGUUAUUUUAGGUACAAAUUAUCAUAGUCGUUACCGUUUGUUACUUACUGGUACUCCACUUCAAAAUAGUUUACCAGAACUUUGGGCUCUUUUAAACUUUUUAUUACCAAAUAUUUUUGAUUGUGUCGAAGAUUUCGAACAAUGGUUUAAUGCUCCUUUUGCUCAAACUGGUGAAAAAAUCGAAAUGAACGAAGAAGAACAGUUGUUAAUUAUCCAACGUCUCCAUAAAGUACUCAGACCAUUCCUUCUUAGAAGAUUAAAAAAAGAAGUAGAGGCCCAACUUCCAGACAAAGUUGAAAAGGUAUUAAAAUGUGACAUGUCAGCAUUCCAACAAAAGAUGUAUGACUUAAUUAAAGAUAAGGGCUUUACAGCCGGUAGUGGUUUAGAUGGUAAUCCAAAAUUAGCAAAGGGUUUAAAAAAUACUUAUGUGCAAUUAAGAAAAAUUUGUAAUCAUCCUUAUUUAUUUUAUGAUGAAGAGUAUCCAAUCGAUGACAAUUUAAUUAGAUAUGCUGGUAAAUUUGAUUUGUUGGAUCGUUUAUUACCAAAACUUAAAGCAGCUGGUCACAGAGUUUUAAUUUUUAGCCAAAUGACUCAACUUAUUAAUAUUUUAGAGGUAUUCUUUGCAUACAGAGAUUUCAAAUAUCUUAGAUUGGAUGGUAGCACAAAGUCCGAAGAAAGAGGUCCACUUUUGCAAUUAUUUAAUGCCCCAAACUCCGAAUAUUUUAUUUUUGUUUUAUCUACCAGAGCAGGUGGUUUAGGUCUUAAUUUACAAACUGCUGAUACAGUAAUUAUUUUCGAUAGUGAUUGGAAUCCACAAAUGGAUCUUCAAGCUCAAGAUCGUGCACAUCGUAUUGGUCAAAAGCAAACUGUACGUGUUUUACGUUUGGUUACAUUGCAUUCAGUUGAAGAAAAUAUUUUAGCUCGUGCCAAUUUCAAGAAAGAACUAGAUAAGAAAAUUAUUCAAGCAGGUCAAUUUAAUAAUAAAUCAAAUCGUUCAGAUCGUAAAAAGAUGCUUGAAGAUUUAAUGACCCAAGAUGAAACUGCUGAAAUGGAGAGACAAACUGUACCAAGUGAUUCACAAAUCAACGAAAUGAUUGCUCGUUCACCAGAAGAAUUUGAACUUUAUGAGCAAAUGGAUAAGGAAAGAAUGGAUCGUGAUUCACAACGUUGGAAAGAAUUGGGAAAAGAAGGUGAACCAAAGAGACUAUGUCAAGAAAAUGAAAUGCCACCCUGGAUCACUAAAGAAGUGGAGGUUACAGAUGAUCUUUCUUUUGUUUUAAAUCCAUCAAGUGUUAAAGGUAAAAAGAAUCAAGAGGAAAGCGAAAGACAAAUUUUAAGAAUGAUGGAAAAUGGUGAAAUUGCUCGUAGAAGAAGAACUACUACAAAUAUUGCUGAAUAUUUCGGUGACGAUGAUGAAGACUCUUCAUCUUCUGAAUCUGAUUCCGAUUUUGAAUCGUCAACUCCUUCAAAACGUGGUAGGAAAUCAAAAGAUAAAGAUGGUGAUCAUAGUAUGAAUGGUAACAACAACAAUUCAUUGGCAUCAGCUUCUGUUGAAACUCCAAGUAAAAAGAGAAAAGAUUUAGAUAUCUAUUCCGACUACGAGGAUGAUAACGCUGAUGAAGAAGAUGACGAAGAUACCCCACGUCCACAAAGAUCAAAGAAGAAAGCAAAAACCCAACAAGAUUUCGAAGAUGAAAGAUCCAAUGGUUCAACUCCAUCUACUCCAAUGUCCCCUAUUAGUACCUCAUCAUCAACUACCGCUGCUAUUCCAGGCUUACCAGGCCCAAGCCCAGCAAAGAAAGCAGGUAGAGGCAGACCAGCCGGUACUCUCAAAAAGAAACCAACUACCGAAAAUGAUAUGAAAUAUCUCCAAUUAUGGGACUCCAUUCGUAUGGAUCAAGACGAAGAGGGUAGAAGAAGAAGCGAAAUAUUCCAGAAACUACCAAGCAAGCGAGACUAUCCAGAUUAUUACACAAUUAUUAGGGACCCAAUUGAUAUGAAAACUAUCAAAGAAAAAAUUGUUGCCAGUAAAUAUCAUAAUCCUACCCAAUUUGCCCAAAGUGUUAACCAAAUGUUUUAUAAUGCUCAAAUUUAUAAUCAAUCUGGUUCUGAAGUUUUUGAAGAUGCUGUUGUUUUACAAAAUUUAUUUACAAAUUUAUUUAAUAGUCUAUUUCCAAAUAACCAAUUACCAAAACCAGAACCACCUCUCUCCCCCUCAACUUUGAUUGGCCAAAAAUCUGAAGAAAUUAAAGAUCCAUUAUCACUAUCAAAUGAUAAUCAAAAUGAAUCACAACAGCCAACACAACAACCACAGCAACAACUACAACAACAACCACAGCAACAACAAACACAACAACCACUACAACCAACACAACAAACAUCAAUUAAUACAAUUGUAGAUAAUUCACAAAUACAACCAAAACCAUCAGGAAUCAAUGAUAAAUCGUCUUUACCAAUUGUAGAUAAAUCGUCAUCAACCACUACAACCUCUACUAAAAUCUCAAACAACUCUAUUCCAAGAAUUAGCAAUACAAACUCGCCACCAUCAUCACCACAUCUACCUCCACAAUCACAACCACAUUCAAAACCACAAAAAUCAAGC